AUAAUGUAAACAGGUGAUUUCUAAUAAAAGAAAUGAGCAUUUGUGUAAUUGUAGCAAUAGGGUUCGGCCCUCGCAUUAUGUUUUAUUGGUUUAGCCCCAAAAAUCAAUCUGUCUGUUUAGGGAGCCUGGGGACCUCUAAGGUGUGCUACUCAGAUUCACUGCAGAUUUUACCAGUCUAUCUCUUACGGCCAUUAUUUGGCCACAACUCUGUGAGUGUCUAUCUAAUUUAUAAUAAUAUUUCAUAUACCUUUCAACUCCAUUUCAUAUCAACCUUCAAGGUUAUUCCUCAAGAAUGGCUAAGAUUAAACUUUGCAACUUACUCUUGCUGCUCUUCGCUUUACUGCUUUCUGCAUUUGUGAUACAAGGGUCUGGAACUCAGAUAACACUUCCUCAUCACCAAAGGUUCUUUGAUUCCUCUCCAUCUCAUUUGAAGCUGGGAAGCAAUGAAACUAAGAUAAACAGGAAUUCAAGAAGAUUAAUGAUUGGAUCAACAGCACCAACGUGCACUUAUAAUGAAUGCAGAGGUUGCAAAUACAAGUGUAGAGCUGAACAAGUUCCAGUCGAAGGAAACGAUCCAAUCAACAGUGCAUACCACUACAAAUGUGUAUGCCACAGGUAAAAAUUUGACCAAAAUCAGUAUAUUAUGGAGCAGAUUGUCUCUUCAAUUAGCUAAUUCCAUAUUAGCUGUGUAGUGUCCAUCUGGGACGCAUCAAUUUUCAGCUCUUCGAUAAUAAUGCAACUUUAUUGGCGAAAAUUAAUUCAA